AUGAGGGACCCUCAGUGGGACAUUCUGGAGCUCCUCAGCAUCAACGGCUCCCAAACAGGUGUGUCCGCAGCGCGAGGACCCAUACCUGACACACCGGCAUGGAGGCUUCGAGCCGUGUACGACAACAUUCAAAUAGAACCAGCCAUCGUUCCAAAAAUUGCUUCAACGCUGCACGACGAGGUCACUUUUUAUUUUGUCUACAAGCAACACAAGAAGACACUCGGUUCUCUCCUUUCUAUAAACUUACCUGGCAGGAUCAAACCUUGGUUACAAAUAUGCAGCACAGGUAUUGGGAGCCGACUCUCUGCCCUUUGCCCUUUGACGUUCACCUUCCUUGGAAGCAUUCAGCUGGGUUUUGGGUGCACAAAGCCAGAAAUCCCGCAAAGCCCUGUUUCUGUAUCAUUAUAG